AGAUCUCAGAAUUGGGUACACUCGAUUCGACCACAUUUAGCAAAACACCGGUGCGUACUGUACGAUAAGUAAGUAUGUAUGUAUAUGUGUAUGUGUGCAUGUAUGCCUUUUGAGUAUGUAAGGAUGGAUGUAUUUAUAUGCGAUCUGUAAGGGAGGCGGCGAAGCAGAAAGGCAGGUAGGAAUAAAAAGAAAAAGAACAGAGCAGUCAGCGGGGCGAGAGUAUUCGGACAAUAGAUGCACGGGGGACGGUCUGUCUGUGCGCGGAAAUACAAUAGGUACUGGGAACCGGCGAGCUUGACAAGAGACGGCGAGACGACGAGACGACGAGACGGGGGCGCGUCAGAUACGGCGGCGGCGAGCGGCAUCUGUGAGGGGACGAAGGGAUAUCUAUACGCCGCCCGCACACGAGAGGGCACGGGGACGGACGACAGGGAAGGACGAGGGCCAGGGGUCGUAGCUUGAGAGGGGGGGCCGGGAUCGGAGGAGAUUAGGACGGGGGACGUGACCGCAGAGCGCAAGAUCGCGGCGCUGGCACGUGGACGCUACGCCAGGAAACUCGACUUUGACGGGCUCGGGCUCGGGGACGAAGGUCGAAGGCAGCAGAUGGCGACGGC